UCCAAGUUAUUAAACCCCUUGGAUUUUCUAGAAAAAUUUAAUCGAUCUCCUUUAGAAAGGGCUUCCCAAACGACGUCCCUGCCUAUCAGCCUUAAUCACAGGGAGGCUUACCAGAUGAGCGGCAGGAUAUUUAGCUAAGUGCAGGCGAAGGACGUUUCCUGUUGGAACAGAAUGUACGACUUUGAUAAAUGCUUCAGGCAAGCAAAAGGGCACCUGAAUCGCUCCAGUCACUGCAAUGAAUGGCCAGACUAUCCCAGCAAGCACUCCCGGGCAUCCCCAGGGCUGGAAUGAGUUCUGCGAGCUGCACGCCGCCAUCACGGCCAAGGAGCUUGCCAAGAAGUACCUGCUGUUUGCCACUGAGAACCCCCACCAUGACUUCCUGGCAGCCGAGAACUUCUCGGUGCAGUUCACAGACCUCUUCCAGCAGUACUUCUGCAACGAGGUGAAGGAAGGCUUCGCCAUGAACCAGUUCAGGGUCCUGCCCUUCAGCAGGGUGCGGGACUACAGGGAGACCAGCAAGAGGCACGGGGAUGCCUCUUCGGGGCCAGUCAUGGCCAAGGUGGAGGCGGAGCUGACUGCCCACUCCGAGGGUGACAGAGCUGCUGACACUAACCCCCGGAGCCUGCCCAAGUCGUGGAGCUCUGAGGAGCUGAUGGGGGCAGCCUCCCCUCUGGCUGCCAGGAGACACUUCUCCCUCACCCGGUUGCGGAGGAGCUGGCGCAAGUUCUUGCGCAGGAGAUCCUCCGAGGCCAUCCCGGGAGAGGGGGAGGCACCGGAGCCUGCUCUCAAGCCUGGACUGCCCAAAAAGAUCCUGCCGUGGACCCUGUCCCGAGAUCAGGCUCACGAGGUGUGCAAGGAGGGUCUCUUAAAAUACGGCAUGGUAGAUGAAACCACCAUGGACAGUGGGACACGCUGGCAGCGGUGCCGAUUGGUUCUGCGGAAGGCAGGGAUGUCAGACAAUGAAGAAUAUGUCUUGGAGCUGUUUGAUCCCCCCAAGUGCUCCAAACCCAAGCUGCUCAUGGCCUGCUCUGCUGUCCAAGAGAUCCGGAGAUGCACCCGCCUCGAGAUGCCAGACAACAUGAACACCUUUGUACUCAAGGUGAAUAACUGCACAGACGUUGUAUUUGAGGCUGGCGACGAGCAGCAGCUGAGUUCCUGGACAGCCGAAAUCAAAGAAUGUAUGACCCGAGGGUCCGGGGGAGCCGAUGUAGAGCUGCUCUCAGGCCAGCACUCUGACACUGUGACGUCCACUCCUGCCACUGGCAGCACUGACUCCCUUACCCAAGGCGCUAUGCACUGUGGGCAGCCAGAGCCGUCCUGCCAGAAAACCGACCAGUUCCUCUCGUCCUACCCCUGGUUCCACGGCCCCAUUUCGCGCGUCAAAGCCGCCCAGCUCGUGCAGCUGCAGGGGCUGGAAGGCCACGGGGUUUUCCUCGUUCGCCAGAGCGAAACCCGCAGGGGCGAAUACGUCCUCACCUUCAAUUUCCAAGGAAGAGCGAAGCACCUGCGGCUCUCACUGACCGAGCGGGGGCAGUGCCGCGUACAGCACCUGCGCUUCCCUUCCAUCCUGGACAUGCUGCACCACUUCCAGCGGUGCCCCAUCCCCCUGGAGUGCGGCGCGGCCUGCGACGUCAAGCUCUCCAGCUAUGUGGUGGUCAUCGCGUCGUCCCAAGGUUUGGGCUCAAAUAACACCAUCUUGCUCCCGUUCUCCGUCCCUAAUUGGAGCUCCGAACUCAGCCGUACCCGCAUCAGUCCCUCCAGCUGCCCCCGGCUACACAUGACAGAUGACAUUCACCACAGUUCUCAGCCAGAACAGAUCUUCCAUCUAGUGCCCUCUCCAGAAGAGCUGGCCAACAGCCUCCGGGACAGCAAUGCGGCCAUCACGCAUGCCAGCCGACAGCGGGACUCUGACUACGAGCUGGAUUCCCCUGGCAGGGGCCACAUUCGGGCUAUUGACAAUCAAUACACGCCCCUCUGACAAGAUGGGGUGGGGGGGUGUGCAAACCACGCACUUUGGCAUGGAGCCCUGUUAGAGAACUUCUGCUAUAGAUUUUGGGAACCCUAUGAGAAGAAUGUAAUUAGGGAUUUAUUUUUUUGGUAAGGGAAGGGGUAAGAGAUAUAAAUUGUUCACUCCAGUAUGGGUGUUAUCCCUCUAUUAGGCCUGUUAAAGGGCCUGUUUUACAUAUUAAAGCUUUCUUAUUACUGUUUACACGUCAUUCCUGUUAACCUGUCAGGCUCUCUGCCCUUUAGGCUACUAUCUGCACUUAGUCAUUGGUACAGAGACAUGUCACAGUUGCUUUUGGUCUUCACUGCCCUUUUUGAUGUGACUCAGCCCAGAAAAGAAACUGGAAUGGUCCAUUACAGCCACAGAAUUGGACAAAACUGGAUUUGACGUUCUUUGCGACAAGUUACUGAUCUGUGCUGUGCAGAAACAACGAAAAAUCACUUCCUGAUGGCCAAGGAAGGUGCUGCAGUUGCGCAAGUCAUAAUUCCCUAUUUCUAACCGAGCAGUAGCCUUAGUGCUAAGGUAAGAGUGGGUUCGUUACUUUUGGAUAUGGAGAGUACAGGCUUUAACUUCAAUCAUGUUUGCAUUUUUAAAAGAACAAUUGAGCCGUUGAAGUCACUGCUACAGCUAUGGGCAAAAGAAAUGCUCACAUCUAUUAGCCACGAUUAAAAAGUGAACACUAACUUCCUCCUAUUAAUAGAGGCUUAACGUAACUGAUCAGAGGACGAAAGAGAAGACUGACAUCUUGGCACAGCCUUGGAGUAAAACUUCCUUUCAGCUGUGGAAAUCUUUUAGGCACAAGUCUGAAGUUAAGCAAAAGUUUUGUUUCCAAAUAUGUUACCUCAGGUUGGUUCUUCAAAUUAGGAGGGGUGUUGACAAACAGCCACCAUUGCUUGCAUUUUAAAAAAAAAAACAAAAUAUGAUCUAGUAUUUAAAGAGGGUUAAGUCAAGCUAUGCAAAUACGACUUCCCUGUGUGUCAUGGUUUUCUAGCCAGAGUGGGUAUAACCUUUUCUCCCCAGUAUCCCCCUCACCUGUAGGUCUCAGGAAAAUCACUGACUGUUGGGUUUUUGACAGUGCUUUUGCUAUUUUUGGAGAAGCAACAUGAGCCCCUUCAUUGUAACAGUUACCCAAAAGGGGGGGUGCACUAAUGAACCUUCUUAUCCUCAUACCUUAUUGUGACUAGGGUUAGACUUUGGCAUUUCCUCAGUUAGAAUUACAGUUACAGGAGGAGGUGUGACAUAUUUGCCUUUGUGCUUCUUUACCGAGAGACAGGGGUCUGUGCAGAGCUGUAUGUUAUGAGAUUUAUAGAUUCACAAUAAAUAGGUAAUUUCACUAACCCCUAUAGAACAGAGAAAAGUUUCUCAGCUGUCCCCCCCCCCGGAGGGUCUGACACUUAAUGUGGAUGAGAUGCCUUCGUGUUCAUUCGGGAUCAGGCAGGCCACCUCCUUCCCAUAACAUCCCUGUGGAGGGAAAGGACAGCAAUUGCUUAGCUGGAGAAGGAAGGUAACGUUUAACCAGCAGCAGAAGUGAGGCGAGCCAGCAUUAUGUAACCACUCAGUGCUCCCCAGAAUACAGCUGGAGAUCCAAUGCUCUUACAAGGUACGAGCUAAUAAAUCAAUCCAACACCAGUAUGUUGCUACUGAGGAAGUAAAGAAUCCUAUGAGAUGAGAGCCAUUUAAAUGAUCAGUCCCAUUCCUCUCUACACUCAAAAAAAAAAAAGUUCACCAGCGAGACAUCACCAUGCAGCGUACACAAGAAAAGCACAGCUGUGUUAAUGCCCCACCUCGUUAUAUAUAAAAAGAAUCCACUGCAUUGUGCUUGCUACUGUACUUAAAUGGGAAGACACACACUUCCACCCCAAAUUCCAAAUUGGCAUCAGAAAGCUUCAGCUACCUGCAUCUGUCCACCAAAGCUCAUACAAAGCAACUGAGUAUCAUCAAAUAUGGAGGGGACUAAUUUGCUAUUAAAAAAAAAUGUCUCAGCAAUCAGCUUCUACCAUUCAAACCAAGUCACAUUUAUAUACUUUCAUGUCACUCCCCUUAAUUUAUGGUACACGGAGGCAAUUUCUUCUUCUCACAUUAGUUAAAGAUUAAGGUGAGGUUUUUCAAAAGCUCCUAAAUACCUUGAGCUCAGGCCCAUCUGCAAGUCAACAGAAAUGUAUGCCCUUAAUUCACUUAGGUGCAUUUGAAAAUUCAACCUUUAACCCACGAACUUUGUGUGUUUGUAAUUAAGAAUUUUUGUACCUUCUAGUUUAUUAGUAAAAUCAUCACUAGACCCAACCAGUUUCCCAAGGUAAAGCAUCUCAGCUACGCCAGAGUUGGGCCACACCAGAAGGGGCUGUAUGGUAGAAGAGACUUUCUGGAAUGUGGCUUAAGGGAGCAAUGUUUAAAAAAAGAAAGACAUUCAACUUGAAAAGCCAUUGUAGUGUCUGAAUUUUGUACAUCCAGUACUAGUCUUACAAUUACUGUAACUUGGAAGUUGGCAAAAGAUGCUGUUCCCUCUAGAUCACUUGUGUGCAUUUGGCCACACUUUGUCAAGUCAGUCUCUCCUUUUGUGGAAAGGCCCUUAAAAAAAAUUCAGGCCAUAGAAUUAUAUACAUAACUGGGGCCAGGAUUUCUGCAGUCAAUUUUUAAAAAAUGGAAUGCAAGUGACCAGUGCCCUUAUCCUCCCCAAACACAUUUCUAAUGCACUGCAAGGGACAGGAAAACCAAGACAGUCUCAACUUCAUCCCAGCUUUGCAAAGAAGCUGCUGAAGCUCCCAUCAAUCUCUGUUCCCCCACUUUUGUCGGAGGACUUCUCCUAGGCAAGGUAUUUCCCAAGCCCAAAGUGAUAGGCCAAAAAGUUUGCCCGCCCCUGCCAUAGCCUGAGGGCCACAUCAGGUUUCCAAAACUGUACGGAGGGCCAGUUAGGGGAGGCUGUGUCUCCCCAAGCAGCCAGGCAUGGCCCAGCCGCCGCCUCCUAUCCGACCCCUCCCCACCGUUUCUGAGUUGGGGUUUUUGGCCUAAGUCUUACUGUUUAAGUGACAGCAACCAAACGCACACACAUUUGGUGUUCGUUUACUUGCCAGGGCCUUCUUUAUGGACUAAAUGGAACUUGCUUUUCUUAUUUAAUACAAUAUACACCAAGUUCGUGGUCAUUCAUUCAAUGCUCCUGUGUGAACAAAUCCAAGCACAUGUGACUAUAAGUUCCUUCUCCUGGUACCUAGUUGGAAAGUUGCUCUGAUUAUACACUAAAAUUGCAGUUGUUUCCUUCUGGACUUUCACUGUCAAGUUAGCCAAAGCUAGAAAGAAGCCUGAUAAUCCAGAAUGAAAGGCUGGCAGAGCACUCCAGUUCACUGCUGAAGGGGACUGUGUAUGGAAUCUGAGGAACUGUACACCGAAAGCUAACAAACAACAGUCUGUUCACCACCUCCAGCCUGCCUGGAAUCAACAGCCUUCCCCCGCAGUGUUGUAUCCAUCUCAUUCCUUUCCUUCUCCAGCCAAAGGUCUACUUUCCCUAACUGGGCAAAUAUUCUUCCAGUCCUUCCCUCUGUUACUCCAACAGAGCCUCUCAUCAAUCCCUCACUUUGGUGUUAGGGUCCUAAAACCAAUUAUACAGUAAUUGCAGGGUCAGUUCUUCAAUCUGUUUUCCCAAGUCAUGGGAGGCUGACCUUCUCAGAAAUCCAUCCUUGCUAGAAAGUAGUUGGCUUGUGAUACAUUUCCAAGUCGGACUUAGUUUCCCUUCCUCUUCUGUACUGCCAGGACUAUUUCAUAACUAACUCAGUACACACAAUGCUCGUCUAGUAGAAACAUGGGGACGCAACCUUAAGCCCUUGAAAUAUAAGUGACUUCAAAGUAAUUUUGCGGACUUCUCCAAGACCUUUUUGCCGAGUAACUAGCGAAGGUGUGUGGCAUGUUUCAACGUAGACUUUUAUUGUAAGAUUUUUUUAUAUUUAAAAGCACAUUAAUAACGGCUUGUAGGCCAAGGAAUUAUCCACAUUUAUGAAGUGUUUUCAAGACAGCUGCUUUCAAUAAAGAGGCAAAGGGGGACACUGAACUUCUGCAUUUCUCACCUUAGCAGCCGAGCACAGUUGCCUUGUCUCCGGAACUACCGGAUACUGGGGAACACGGCCAGCAAGCUGCCUGCUUUGGCCUAAGUUCUCAGCCCCUGCUCGAGUCUCAGGGUCCAGAGAAGGGGCACACAAAAUUAAAAUCUGAUUGGUUCCAAAGUCUUACCUUUGAGGCUGGCUGAUUGAAAACAGCUUGUCUAAGGGCUGGCACCGGAAAGAAGACCAGCAUUUCUGUUCUUCCCCAGCAGCAACAGGUGGCUGGGCUAGUGAAAUGUUUCUAAUUUCAGAGCAGCAAUUUAGAGCUGCAUUCCCCAGUGAAGACAUAACAGUAUGUAGUGCCUCACCUUGCUACGCCUAUUGCCGGACAGAAGCCUGGUGUAGCAGGUAACUACCGGCUAUGCCAAAACAGAAACCAAGCCCUCCCUCCCGCCCCCAACUCUACACCCCCUUAUUCUUAUGAAAGGCCUUACUUGCUAUUUGCUGACAAACAGGCACUGCCUACAGGCAACUCUUGCAUGUCCUCUUGGUAGACAGGCUGUGCAGGAGACGUGUUAUCAAUAUGAAGUACCACCGUUGUGGUCUAGCCCUCUGAAUGGGCUAACCCAACAGGGAAAGGCUAACCCAGCAUCCUAGAACACCGACAGCAACCUCACUGAUCCUUUUGCUUCAAGGCUGCCUUCCACAGCAAAGCUUUGAGGAAAAGGUCCAGGUCCAGCAGAGGAAGCAUCAAGCCAACAUCAUCAAAGAAUUAAGGCAGCCUAGUCUGUGCCACAGUGACACAAUAUUGAUUAACUGUUGAUAUUCCUUGGACCACAGAAAACUGUCAGUUUAGAGCCAAUGUGGUUUUACUGUACCAUGCAUAUAAAGCCUUUCAGUCUUGACUGACAAGUUUGAGUACAAUAUUCCAUAUUUCAACGUAAGAGCUUGUUGUAUGAGAACAGGAUGUUAUCUUAGCCAGCAUAUGCCCACAGCGUAGGAGUUGAGAGUGCAUUCUAUUGUUCACUGCCUUUUUAUCCCAUAGGCAAAAUUAAGGCCAACAAGGGUUUUGUUGGAAUAAAGUGCAUUUAUUUCAAAGCUGUACUUUUCAAUGGCACAGAAGAAUUCUUGUAUAGUAGAUUUUCUAUGUAUUGUUUCUGUAUGUACUGUACAAGUAACUUAUUCUUGAAUAAUGCGAUUUUGCUAUAAUGUUCAAAUCAGCUCUUAAAUAAAUUGUUUUUAGAA